GGCCCCGGCUGCUGUGCGCGGCGCGGCCAGGAGAGGGCGCGACCCCGGCUGCCACGGGCGCCCGAGUUGCCGGCACGAGCCCGGCCCGCGGGACGCUCGGACAGAGCCAGCCCCGGUUCGGCUGGGCCGGGCAGCUGGGCGGGCGCGAGCGGGCCAUGGAUCCCAAGAGCGGCGGCGGCGAGGACGACGACUGCGUGGACUCGGGCGCCGAGACCGGAGGGUCUGACUACAGCCACAAGUCCUCUACCAGCAGCGAAGUUUCUGUGGAGGAGGCUCAGGACCCCUUUCAGGUCAGCAUCCACAUCAUCGCGGACCCGGGGGCGUCGCAGCUGCUGCAGCAGGCCAUCGACCAGGUGCUGGCCUGGAUCCACCCAGACCUCCAGCUGUUCCGGGUCUCCGAGCGGAGGGCGUCCCGGCGGCGGCGGCGGCAGACCCCCCGGGCGGCGCAGCCCGCGCUGGCGGUGGUCCUCUUCCUGCAGGAGGAGUACGGCGAGGAGCAGAUCCUGCAGCUGCACCGCACCCUGCAGCGGCCGCCCUGGCGCCACCACCACACGGAGCGCGUGCCCGGCAGGCUCCUCCCCUACCUGCCCUGCAGCCAGGACUUCUUCACGCUGGCCCCCGGGACCCCGCUCUGGGCCAUCAGGCCCGUGCACUACGGCAGGGAGAUCGUGCGCUUCACGCUCUACUGUCGCCACGACAGCUACCCCGACCUCCUGCAGUUCUACCGGCUGCUGCUCCGGCGCCGCCCGCGCCAGAGGAAGGCCGACUUCUGCAUCUUCCCAGUCUUCUCCAGCCUGGACGUGGACAUCCAGUUCUCCCUGAAAAGGCUGCCCCGCGACCAGACCCCGGUGCCCGCCGACUCCUCGGUGCUGGAGUUCCGGGUCAGGGACAUCGGGGAGCUGGUGCCGCUCCUGCCCCACCCCUGCAGUCCCAUCAGCGAGGGGCGCUGGCAGACCGAGGACCACGACGGGAACAAGGUCCUCCUGCAGGCACAGAGGGUACACAGGAAGUCCCCCCAGCCCAGACGAGCUCCCCUCGCCUCGGAGAAGAAUCCUCACGCCCUGCCUCUACCGAGUCUCAUCGCACCCCACCAUCCACAGGACCCCAGCCACCAUCUCCCGCUGAACAGGUCCUACCUGGGGCUCAGUCCAACAAGCCUGUCUCUGGGUCAACCGCCAGAACAUUCUGGAGCAGCCGACAGCCCUCCCAGCUUUCCCUGUUCUUUCCAGAGAAGCAAGUCCUUGUUUUCUUUGCCCACUGGAGGCCUCUCGCCCACCUCCCUCUCUGCAUGCCCGUGGUUUGCAAACACGGGGCACGCUGCAUCAGAUGGAGUCAUCCUGUCCAUUGAUGACUUGGAGGGGGCGCAGGAGACAGAUGUGGACACAGGCCUGCGGCUGUCCGCCUCGGACCUCUCUGUUGUCUCUGCGUACUCUGCACCCAGCAGGUUCUGCCGCACUGGAGAAUCAACCCAGCCUGCUGCGGGCAGCUAUGGCAGUCCCUCCGGCCAGUGCAGGGGCUCCCGGGAAGGGCUGCUGCCCCUGGGGGGCGGGGUGGCCCUGGACACCUCCAGGGAGGCCUUCCCUUGGCUCACCAAAGGGCCUGCCAGUUCCACAGUGACAGCUAUGGCUACUCGCCCACCCUCCAGUGUCUCCUUGUCCCUGGUGUCCCCCCCAGAGCAGUCCUGUCCUUGUCCCCAGGUGGAGAGGACUGGCAGAGAGGACACGCCACCUGCAGCACGGGCUCAACCCGGGGACGACACGGAGGAAUUCUAUAUCUGAACACCCUGGACUCUUGUUUACCAGACACACAAGCUCAGGGUCUACUGCCCCACCACAGCCCGGGCCUGAACACAAGCCAUGGCGUCAGCCCCAUGCUCGCCGGCUCAAUCUGGACCCUGACCAUGCCCCAGAUCGCUGCCACGUCGGCUGUACCUGCAGCCUUACCCAAGAGGUUGUUGCAUUUCUAAGGGCUGGGUGCUUUCCAUAAAAGCAUCUGCUUUUAUAUAAAAAACGAUUAUAAAAAUUAUUUUUAAAAAAAUGGGAAGAGAGCCUGCUCAGCUGGAGCAAAUGUGGCAUUUUCCAUGCUGUGAAGAACAAACAAGCCCAAGUGUUGGUGUGGAAAUGAGACCAUGUAAUCUAUAAAUGAGAUGGAGGCCCUAGUAGCAGGAUCAGAUCUGACCAGUGUCCCCAGCUGGGAACUGGGGCCUCAGAGUUCUCAGGUGCUGCAUGGAGCAGGGAGAGCCAGGAAGGGACUCCAGCCAUGCCUCCCUGGGAGCAGCACAACUUCUGCAAACCUGAUUUUACCAACAAGUAACCAACCUGUUUGGUAUGGGUUUGGCAUUAGCUAGCAGGUUCUUGGUCAGAUCUUGGGCCUGUGUUCCAGAACUACCUAUGCACCUGCCCUUCAGUAGCAUUCACUGUAAUGAGCUCGCUGCACUGCCUGUACUUUUUUGGAGCAUUAAAAGGCUCAUUGGAAUUGCAGAAUAAUAGAGCCUUAGACCUACACAGAGAGGAGGUGGAACUAACAUUCCUCCAUUUUAAGGGCUGAAGUGAUAAUACAGCAGGUAAGGCACUUGCUUUGCACAUGAUGACCCAGGUUUGGUCCCUUGAACACCAGCAAGAGUGGUCGCCGAGCACAGAGCCUGAGCAUCACCAAACCAAAAGAAAAAGUUUCUUCUAUUUAUAAAAACUGCAAACUAGGGACUGUCUACUGAUGUACAUCAAAGACUAGAGCCAUUUUCAUAUUCCCUUUCUCCAGUAAACAGCCAUCAUCAUACAACCUGUCUUCCCCACUUCUUAACUCAUAUUUCAUGGGUGUGUUGGCCACACUGACCAGAGGGUAUCUUCUCUUCACCAGACUGGACACUCACCAGGAAAUGCCCUCCUGCACUGUCACACACGGGGCAUCGGUUCACAUGGGCAUAAGGUUCUUGGUGAGAGCUGGAGCUCUCCCAGCCUCCCCCCCAGCCUGAGCUCACGGGUCCUAUUUACAUCUCUCUCUGCAACCAAAGUAUGUUCACAGUUUCAACCUCAGUGAUGCCAAGUGCAGAGGCAGUGCCAAGCUGUCCCCAAGUGCCGUUUGCCUUUGGGGAAGAAAGGCAUGGAUUUGCUUUGCUCGAUCCCCACUCUGGUGCUUCUUGUGGCUACCACUCACAGCACAGUUUUCAACAGUAUGAGAGGGCCCAGAGACAGACUCACACAGACCUGCCCGCAGCCUCAAAGCCUCAAGUCUUGGACAUCCCCAUAACGCUGGCUCCUUUCUCAGACAUCCUGGCCAUCUAGGACUCGGAAUUGUGACUCUGUGCUCUGGUUGAAGAUAAAUUUUUUUAAAUGGUCUCAUAAUUCUAAACUAGGCAUGAGCAACAUUUUUCUGCAGAGAGCGAGAGAACAUUUUAGGCUUCACCAGCCUCACGGUCUCUCUUGCAGCUACUCCAUUCUGACAGGAAAGUAGCAGAGCAGCAGGAAUGAGAGAGGAAUGAAGGGCAGAGACUGAGUUCCAAUCUGUCAUUAUUCACUAGGACCAGGAGAGGACCCAAGGUCUGGGUUAAGGAUCAUGACUUACCAAUUCUUUUGUGCCAGACUGAGGUUGAUUCAAGAUUCCAGCCAUAGCUGAUAACUGUGGGGGCUGAAAAAGAAAUGGGCCCCUAAGUUAGACCUAUCACGUUAGAUCCAGCUGUGAGAAGCUGCUUUCUGCAGAGAUUUCUAGAGUGCUACCAAUUCUCCAUCAACUCCUGCCCAGACAAGUAACUCAAUCCAUCUGCAUGAUGGAAAGUAACAGGUUAAGUUUAGAGGGAAGGAGAAAAGUUAAAGGAGGUGAUGUAGCCUCCAAAGAACAGGAGAGGGGAAGGCGAUCUCAGUAAAAGCCCAAAACUACCUGAUCUGUGUGAGGCAGCCCCAAGUGAUGUCCCCUCCUGUCUUCACCUUUAAUCAGUGUCCUUCAUGGGGCACACUCACAUGCAGCCCAGCAUUACUUCAGAGCCCAACACUGAUGUGCCCUCGCCCUUUCUCAGUGACCUGCCCACAGAGCAAUCUGAUUCACCAAACCAAGUGAUGCCAGAGAUUAUCACUGCUCCCCAAAACACAGGACAGGAGGGAAGCCCAGCUCAGACACACCGCAGUCAGGCCUGGGCCCUGCCCAGUUCCGCUCAUCCCCCAGACUGUGUGGAAACCGUGAGUCACUCUGAGAAUGAAUCAGAAAGCCCUUGCUCCCAUUUCAGGCCUUACACUGGCAUUUUCUUCAUCCUAGAAGGAUACCCCCUGGGCCAUCCUGAUUUCAUGAUUCUUGUGACAGAUGCUGGUACACUGUAAGUUCUCAAUAAAUGUGUUCAAUUAAAAUCAUGAGAUGGUCUCCAAUUAUUUCUCCCCUGAAUUAAACUCUGUAGUACAGAAAAUCUAGAUUUGAUCCUAAUUUGUUCUCAUUUAAUAAAACUCAAUUUUCACUCCUUGUCUUAGGAGUAUUUGUAAUAAAGCGUAU